AUGACGCUACCCAUACGUUUCCUGGCUCGCAUGCUCUCGUCAUGUAUGCUGCGGCUCGUCCCCUACUCCUCCCUCCCUAAAUCUCCCAUCCCAUCUCCUCCUAUAUAUCCCCACACUAAAGCCAAACCUCCACCAGACUUUGACGCUACCCGGUUUCGCCAAUGGAUCCAGUUCCCUACAAGCGACAACCCACGUGUUCUGGUGAUGUCGUUCAACCUCUUGUCCCAGCAUUAUGUAUGGAAACAGGUGUUUGGCUACUUGGAUCAGGAGUACCUAGAUUGGGCCCAUUAUCGGUUUCCCUUGAUCAACGAGACCAUAGCACAAUUCAAAUGCGAUAUCAUGUGCUUCCAGGAAUUGGAGUAUCUGGUCUAUAGCAACUCGUGGACACACCACUUUCCGCUUGCUAACUACAAGCUGUUUUACAUGAGGAAGCCGAAUCCCGGAUAUUGGGGGAACAAGCCAUCAGAAUUCAUGGACGGGGUGGGCAUCUUCGUAAACACAGACAGAUUUGAAGUUCUUAACCAUGGCGAAAUCAAUUUUGGUCACUAUAUCUCUGAAAACGCCGACAAGUUCGACAUGACCGAGGACUUGGCUACUAGAAUCGUGCCUCGGAACACUGUGGCCGUGAUGCUCAAAUUGAAGGAUAAGGAGACCGGAAAAAUUGUCUAUGUGACAAAUACUCACUUGUACUGGCUGCCUAAGUUUAACGACGUGAAGUUGAUCCAGACAAAAAUCCUCCUCAAUGCCUUGGAAAGAUUUAUGGACAAAACCGAUGUAGGCGAAGAUCCAUACGUGAUCAUGUGCGGCGACUUUAACUCCACGCCUGAUCUGUUGGUAUACAAACUUUUAGACACGGGCAAAGUAGACAUUCACACAUCCAAGGAGUUUCGGGGCUUCAACUAUGGAAAACAAUUGGAUGGAGAGCUGCUUACCAAUGACACGGUGGCCAGCCAGUUCCAUCUUUCUCCGGCCUAUGGACCACUUCUACGUGCCAACUACAAUGACAAGCUCGACUUCACCAGCUACACCAAAAGCUUGACUGCUGUGUUGGAUCAUAUCUGGUACAGUUCUUCCAGAUUUACAGUGUCAAAAGUUUUGGGGAAAGUGGAGAGAAACUACAGCGAGCAUGCGCUUGGAUUUCCCGAUAAGCAAUUUCCAUCUGACCACAUUCCAUUAGUAUCUGAGUUGGUAUAUGUUUGA